GAAUUGGGAAAAUCGUUUUGAUAGUUUAAAAUAAUUCGUGAAAAUGCCCAAAAACAAUGGACCAGGACCCGGAGCUUACAUGCUGCCGAGUAGUUUUGGUCAAAAGGGCCCACAAUUCUCCUUCGGCCGAAGAAUUGAUCGCAGAAGAGAGGAAAAACCUGGUCCUGGGCCAGCUGCCUAUAAGGUUGAUAAGGUCACUCGGUACGGCAAUUCGGAGGGCCCCCAGUUCUCCAUGUUGGUCAGGAAUCCCAGGACCAAGCCUCAUUCUAUUCGAUUCGCUUAAGGACGCCUGUGUGGAAUAUAUGUGAGCCCAUGUGGCAAUAGAAUCCUAUAAAUCAAUCGGUGUGCUUAUUAUAUUAGUUUUAGAAUAUAUCAACAAUAGUUACGAAAGUGCCACAUUAA